UUAUGAACCAGGGCAGAGUAGUCAGGUAGAAGGAGGAAAUGCCGAUGGUGAUUACAAUGGCGAGGUGGACGCUGACGAGGUAGAUGGGCACAUGCAGAACCAGAUGGAAGAAGAAGACACCGAUGUUGAAAGGGGUCAUGCCGAUGAUUCUGACGAGUCAGAUGAAGAAGAAAAUGCAGAGGAGGUCCCGAAUCCUGCAUGGUGGAAUCAUGACUUAUCAUCUGCAAUGACCGUGAAUGAUGGACAUGAUUCAGCCUGGCAAUAUCACCAGAACAAUAUUGCGACGGGUGCUAUGUAUCCGAACAAGCAAGCCCUGAAGGAUGCAAUAAUUAAUUGGGCAAUGUCCACGCAAAGGGUUUUCAAAGCUGAGGUGUCCAGUCAGAAAUUCCUCACAAUGGUAUGCAAGAAUGCAGAUUGUCCCGCAAGGGUGCACGGCUUUCUCCCUAAGUAUGGCACAAGUUGGGUGAUAAGUGACUUAGUUAAUCACACUUGUCUUAUUCCCUGCAUCCCUCAAGAUCAUGCCAACCUUUCAUCCACGCUUAUUGCUCGACUGUUUUACGAUGAGAUAGUGCAAGGCAAAGCUAUGGAAUGUCGGGAUUGUGGUUGCUGAAUGGGGACAUUGAUA